AUGAUGACGUCAUUGUCAUUAGCCUUGUCGUUCAUGGUUUUCAUCCGCGCGCGCCGGUGUCUCCUUCUGCUGCACAACAGCCACAGCUGGUUCGCCCGCCAAUUUUGCCGGCGAAAAGGACCCAAGUUCGCCGGCUUGCUCAACCGCCCCCGUCCAUUCUCCGGGAAGCGGAUGUGUUACGGCGCGGGUGUCGGCCUCAUCGUCGUCUCUAAAAUGCUCAACUCCCCCGACGGCGAGUAUUACGAGCGAUGGUUGUGUGACCGC